AAGCACAACUGGAGCACUCAAAGCCAACUCUUCCUUCCAUAUCCAAAACCCAAAAAUAAAAAAUAAAAAAAAUUCAGAAAAGUAAGUUCCUUAAUAAUACAAACAAACAAACAAUAAAUAAAAACCCUCUUAUUAUCGGAUCUCCCUUUCUCACUUUUUUAUCUCUCUCUUCCUCUCUCUCUUUAGGGUUUUGCUUCUGCUACGUUUUCCUUUCAGAUAUAACUGUUCAUACCUGCUUAUUGGCACAAAUUCCAAAGUUUUUUUCAUUGGUCCAAAUCUUCAAUGGGGGAUGCAGAAAACCUACCUCCUUCAAAGAAGAGGGCUGCAGGUAGGGAACUCUCUCGAGAUAACCCUGGUCUUGAUGAUGAGGAAGACGCUGAACAAGAAAGUGGAACUUUCAAGAGGGCCAGUGAUGAUGUGCUGGCAAAUAGAAGAAUAGUCAAAGUUCGUCGUAGUACCACGUCUACUUCCUCAUCCAAUCCUUUUUCUGCUAUCAAGUUGAUCCCCCCGAAUGAUCCUAGUGCAACUGCUACUGCUGUGACAACUGGAGUGCCAACUUCUAGUGAGAAGAAGGUUUCAGAUGGCGGCAAAAAUGAUGCUGAUAAUGAAAUUGAGAAGGGGGAUGAAGAGAGCAGUAAGCCGUCUGAGAGCAAGAUUGAUGAGCCAGUGGCUGAAGCAUCUGUUGCUAAUGAAGCUCAAAAGGGUAAAGAUGAGAGUAGUAAGCAGUCUGAGAGCAAGAUUGAUGAGCCAGUGUCUGAAGCAUCUGCUGCUGAUGAAGCUGAAAAGGGUAAAGAUGAGAGUACUGAGCAGUCAGAAAGCAAGAUUGAUGAGCAAUCAUCUGAGGCUGCUGCUGACAAGGAGAGUACUGAGGCUAAGCAGGAAGGGGCUAUUGUCAGUGAGGCAGGCAAAUCCGAGGUUGAUAAUGGAAAGGCAGCUGGUGCAGAGAAGACUGAGAAUGAAGAUGAGAAAGAUAUCAGUCGUGAAAAAGCAGAUUCAGGUUCACUCAGUUCAUUUGGGCAGCUUUCAAGUAGUCAAAAUGCCUUCACAGGACUUGCUGGAACUGGGUUUUCCACUUCAACAUUCUCCUUUGGGUCAAUUCCGAAGGAUGGAUCUGCAUUAAGUUCUGGCUCUAGUUCUGUUUUUGGACAACUUAACAAUGGAAAUUCUUCUCUCUUUAACACAUCUGGGGCUUCUAUUGUUUCAAAGAGUGAGGGAGCUGGCUUCCCAUCUAUGCAGGAAGUUGUUGUUGAGACAGGAGAAGAGAAUGAGACUGUGGUUUUCUCUGCUGAUUCAGUGCUUUUUGAGUUUUUUGAUGGAGCAUGGAAGGAGCGUGGGAAGGGAGAAAUUAAGGUGAAUAUAUCAACAACUGUGGCAGGAAGAGCUAGGCUUCUUAUGAGAACCAGGGGAAAUUACAGGUUGAUCUUGAAUGCAAGCCUCUAUCCUGAUAUGAAGCUCACAAAUAUGGAAAAAAAAGGCAUCACUUUUGCCUGCAUAAAUAGUGCUGGUGAAGGGAAGGAUAAUCUUUCGACAUUCGCCUUGAAGUUCAAGGAUGGUUCCAUUGUGGAAGAGUUUCGGGCUGCUGUUACGGCACAUAAAGGAAAAACACCAACAGCGGUUUUGAAAACACCAGAAAAUUCCCCCAAAGCAUCAGAUGAUUGAAAGCAGCCUUACUUUGACACACAGAAUUAGCUUGGGAUCAUCCCAUCGCUCUUGGCAGCUGUCCUCUUUCUUUCGUGGAGCAAAGGAAUCAUGUUCAGAUUCUGGUUAUUCCUAAAACCUUAUGUAGCAAAGAGUUAACAGAGUCCAAUCUUUUUUGUUGUUGUUUAAAGUAAGUCUAGUCUGCGGGAGAGUAUUUUUCAACUCUUUUUUGGGUACAUCUUUGGUUUAAUCUGCAUAAUUUUAAACCUACAAUGACAUGGAAUGGUGGACAGUUCUAUAGUUGUUCCCUUGAGCUGAAUUUACACAUUGAAUGCCAUGUUGCAUGUUUAGUAUUUGCCAGGUCUUAUCCAAUAAUUUAACUGUUCUC